ACCGAACCAUUUUCGCCUUCCCUCUCUCUCUCUCUCUCUCUGUCUCUCUCUCUCCGUCCCUCUCUGUUUCUCUCUCUCGCCAUGGCUUCCACAACCCACAGCAAUCAACAACAAACACCAAGCUCACACGGCGCCACCGCAGCUCCGCCGCCGACGCCGUCGACCCAAGCACCCAAUCAUCUGUCCACGUCAGACGACGCCGCCGCCACCGCCCUAUCGCGGCUCCUCCACCGCCUGCCACCCUCUCUCUCUUUCCCCCCAAUUCGCCUCUCAUCGACCGCCACCUGUCCCACUCUCACCUCUCUAUCGGACCAAAACGCUAAGCCGCUCCUCUCUUCCGCUUCCCAACUCGGCUUCUUCCAACUCGCCCACCACCACAUACCACCCCAACUCGCGCGCUCGGCCGAGUCCGAGUCGCUCGCCCUUUUCGACCUCCCUCCGGACCAAAAACGCCUGUACUUCCCCAAAAACUGGCCCACCGGCUUCGACGACGGCGACGAUGACGAGGGAGAGGGAGGAGUGGAAUCGUUCUGCCUCGACUCGUCCUGUUCUGAGGAGUCCGCCGAGUUGUCAUUGUCUUCCCUGCGCGAGUUCACCCGGGCGAUGGAGAAACUCGGGAUGGAGGUCGUGGAGUUGCUAUCUUGUGCGGUGGGGUUUGAGAACCCGUUUCGGGAGGAUCCGAAUCGGGUUUGCUCUCUGAUGUGGGUAUCGGAGUGUUUAUCGCCGGGUCGGUUAUAUCCGUAUGUGGUGGGUUUGCAGUACCAGAUGAGGAGCCAGAAGUAUUCGUUGCUGGGCGAUUCGGGUUGGGUGGGGGUGACGCCCCGGGUGGACUCGGUCUUGAUCACGAUCGGCGACAUCGCUCAGGUGUGGAGCAAUGGGAAGUUAAAGAAGGUAAGAGGAAGACCCAUGAUAGCAAGCCCAAGUGGUGCUGGUCAUCUUCAGGGAGACAUGCUCAACUCCAACAAUGACAACAAAAAUUCAUCACGCUGUAUCAGCAUGUCCCUGCUGCUCACUCUCCCUCUGGACGCCACCGUCCGCCCUCUCCCUCGUCCAACCAUCGGCGGUGAGCACCGCCACCUCCACCGCCAGGAUGAUGACGAUGAAGUCAAUUACCAGAAUGAUGAAGGGCAAGUUGGGGACACUACUACAGCUGCUAGCUCUACGGGUGGCGAAGAAGCUGAAGGAGAAGAGAGGAUGAUGCAGGUGGUCAACAAGUUCAACUCCUUUUCGUUGGAGGACUAUGCAUGGAGAGUGUACCACGAGCGCCUCAUCCUCAAAGACCCUCUCGACAGAUACCGCCUAAUUAACAAUUAAUCGAAUCAAUUAUAUAUCUAUGUUAGAUCCAUUAUGAAUUCAUUCAUUUUCUGUCUCUUCAUUUGUUUAUUUUCUUCAUUUCUUUGUUGCAUCACCCAUCAUGAGUUGGAUCAUUUGUGUUCACAGAACUGCCAAAAAGAGAGGGAGAGAAAAAAAAAAAAGUGCAUGUUGGGAUUAAAUGAGAAGUUGCUAGCAAAAAUACUAUUCAUUUCAUAUCGAAAGUUUUUUUUUUUAAUUUUUUUUGAAUGUUUUUAUUUUUAUAUUAAUCGAGAGUUUACUUUUUUCCCCUCGAUUUAUAUUUGUAUCCCUCAGAUUAUAAAUUGGUGGGACUUCUUGCCCUAAUCAUCUCUUCAACAUUCUCCCUA